AGAGUUCUAGUUCAAACUAUUUGAUUAAAUCACGUCAAAAAAGACACAUCAUGUGUCAGAUGCAUUAGGUACAGAAAUGUCUACAAAUGAAAAUAUAACCAGCAUUCGAUUUCAUCGGCCUCCUGAAAGAUUGACACUCUUCAGUAUCUGUUGCCCAUGUCUGAGACCGAAAAAAUUAACAUGUAGGGCUAGCGAUAUUGCUCUUCUUAUGUACGAUAAAGAUGAACCCCAUGAAUAUGUCCUGGAGAAAUUGGUGAUAAAAAGGAUACCACUAAGACUGUUUGCCGUUGAAGAAGACUUGAAGGAGUACGCAGAGAGUGUUAAAGGAGAAUCAAAAACUACUUGCGAGAAAGAAGUAGGCGUCACAAAUUUCGAGGAAAUACAGUCUGUUCAGAUUGAGGAGGUUAAGGAGGAAACACCUACCGAAAAUCAGCCGGAUGUGAAAUUGGACGCUAAGAAAGAAUCACCAGAAGAGACUGUGAAGACCGAAGACAACCAAAUGCUGACGGAAGCUACAAGCGGCAAUUCCCUCAGGGUCAACUGCAACACCCCGGUCGACGACUUUCUCGUAUCGAAGCUCAGUUUCGGCUGCGAACCACUUACGGAACCCAAAUCCGGCGAAGAGCUGGUACUACGCACCAUAACCGCCAACGAACAAGACGGUUUGGUGACCGAGGUCGAUCAGCGGAUCGCCAAGAUGUCGCCAGAUUUGGAGAAGACGAUCAACGUGCUCAAGGCCGUCAAACCUAGGCCGGUCAGUACGAAGGGAGGCACGCCUAUGCCCAUUAAAAAUCAGAGGAGGCUGAGCUCCAGGAACGUAGAGCAGGAGGGUAUCAUCACCAAGGGAGAUUAUAACUACAUGCCGUGUCCGAAAGAUAAUCCCCUGCAAGGCAUUCACUAUACAUUGAACAAAACCACAUUCACUCCAGUAGUAGAAGAAACAUCAAAGAGCAUCCUAACCGACCUUCAAUUAGAAAACACCAUAGACCAAGUUUCCAGAAUAAAAACAUCUCUGAUGGUCGAAGAAGCCACGACAAAUUACGAAGAUGCUACUGUUCUGGCAGGUCAAGACGAUGCUAGCACACUUCGUCCAUCCAUGUUCAACGUGGACAUACACUCCAUGAAGGAUAUUUCAGACGAGGAAGAUUACAUAAGAAGCGACUAUUCUAGCGACUCCACGAACUACACUAGAACGUUCGGUUCUAGGCGUUCCAGGAAAUUUUUCCACUCGCCACCUCAGAAGCGGAGAGCUGAAUUUAGCAACACUAAUUUUUCUGUUUAUCACGCAGACGUUUCGCAUAGGUAUGGGAGGAGGUUUCCAUCGUCGAAGAGCUCGAAGAAACGUAAUUUGAAAUGGAAGAUCGUCAUAAACAACCACUCCAAAGAGGUAACGGUGCCUUCGACUAGUACGUCUGAAUUUCAAUUGAUGUCGAGUAGCAAGUUUCAGUGUGAGCAUUUGAUGUCUAAGAGUGGUAUAUCGUACUGAUUUUGAUUUAUAUUUUUAUUGGGGCGAUUUAUUGGCGAUUUAUACAGAAAAAUAUUAAAGUAUAUUGCGAAUUU